AUGACCCAGCAUCGAAGUUUUUCCUUGACCAACAACCCAUUUCAACACCAAAGAGUGCAGGCAGUAUACAGCACUGAGAAAUUUCCGGUGUCUAAAACAGACAACCAACCAUUCCACUAUUUCAUAUACCUAUCUGAAGGACCACCAAAGGAGAAAGACAAAAUGCCUGUCACUCUCCCCUUCGAGGCUAUUGAUGACCUCAUCUACGACGCCCGCGCAGGGGACCUCGCCGCGCUCAAAGAGGACCUCGCAGCACUAAGCACCCAGCACGCAAGCCCUGAAGCUGCCAUCCUGUCCGCGGCCGUGGACUCAGAGCCCGAAGCUGAGGGCGGGUCGGGGAGCUGUGUGCUGCAUUUUCCGGCUGCGAAUGGGAAUAUUGAGAUUCUGAAAUAUUUGCUAGAGGCUUUAAAGACACAACCAGAACACUUGCAAAAACUGAUCAACCAUCGCAAUCACUCUGGAAACACGCCUCUGCAUUGGGCUGCGUUGAAUACGCAUCUGGACUGCGUCAAGGCGCUUGUGGAAGCUGGUGCUGAUGUCUCUGUGAAGAACGACGCUGGUCUUGAUGCAGUCUUCCUUGCUGAGCGGACGGCGUGGUCGACUGGCGAGGUGAAGGAGGAUGAAGAUGAAAAUGAGAAUGAGUCUGGGGAAGCGGAAGUGGAAGCCAGUGCUGGUGCUGAAGGGCAAUGUGAAGGAGAAGGAAAGGGACCGAUGUCCCAGGGAAGGGCUGUUGUGGAGUGGUUGUUGAGUUCGGAUAAGGGUGGUGAGUUGGAGAGCGGUGUUGGGGAGAGCUCGGGGUCUGGGGGUGGGCAGGAGGAUGAGAAGAAAUAA